AGACUUUGUCACUCUCGUUGUGAGGGUUUUGGGCACAGAAAAAAUGCAAGGGGUUAUGAAGGCUCAUCAACUUGCUAGGGUUUUCAGACAUUCUUCUCUCUACUCAGUUUCAAGACUUCAAUCUCAUUGUAUUCUUGGAGCUAAUGAAUCAUCUUGUACCUACAAGUCUUCUUUAUACCGUGGUUACUUUACCUCUGGUACAGCAAAUUAUAUGCAAACAGAACGCAAACUUCAGAGAAAUUUAUGUCAGUGUCAAAAAUGCUCUAUGAUGCUCAAGGCAUCAUUUUCUACUGAAGCAGCGGCAGUUGAAAGUAGUGCGACAGAGUCUGUGACGGAGUUGUAUGACAAGAUGCUGAAGUCCAUCGUGGAUCAAAGAAGUGCUCCGCCGAAUGCCUGGUUGUGGUCCCUAAUACAAAGUUGUGCAAACCGUGAAGAUGUUAAUCUUUUAUUCAACAUGUUGCAGAGUCUUCGGAUGUUUAGACUUUCAAAUCUCCGUAUCCAUGAAAACUUCAACUGUGCCCUCUGCCAGGAAAUUACUAAGGCAUGUAUACGUGUUGGGGCCAUUGACUUUGGUAAGAAAGUGUUGUGGAAGCAUAGUGUAUACGGACUAACUCCUAAUAUUGGAUCUGCACACCAUUUACUGUUAUUUGCUAAAAAGCAUAAUGAUGUUAAACUCUUGGUAGACAUUAUGAAUCUGGUGAAGAAGAAUGACUUGAUCCUGCAGCCUGGAACUGCAGAUAUAGUCUUCAGCAUUUGCUUCCAAACUGAUAACUGGGACUUGAUAUGUAAGUAUGGUAAAAGGUUUGUCAAGGCAGGAGUGAAGCUACGAAAGACUUCCUUGGAUACUUGGAUGGAAUUUGCCUCAAAAAUAGGAGAUGUGGAUGCUUUGUGGAAAAUUGAGAAGAUACGAUCAGAAACAAUGAAGGAACAUACUCUCGCAACUGGACUUUCAUGUGCUAAGGGUUUCCUAAUUGACCAAAAACCUGAAGAUGCUGCUGCCGUCAUUCAAUUACUCAAUCAGACGGUACCCAAUUCGAGAAGGCAAAAUUUCAUGGUUGAACUUCAAAAGCUAGUUGCAGACUGGCCUUUGGAGGUGAUAAAGCGACAAAAGGAUGAGAGGAGGAAGGAGUUGGCUGCAACACUACAGCAUGAUAUUCCUACCAUGCUCGGUGCCUUGUCAAAUAUGGGCUUGAAGUUGGAUGUAAAUGUGGAAGAUCUGACAGGAAAAGAAGCCGUCUUAUCUUGAAUUUUGGUGAAUAAACAUCAAGCAUCAUGUUAUCCCUUUACUGCGUAAUUUUUGCAUUACGGAGAAGCAGCCAUCUCGGUUUACUGCCUUCAGGAAUAUAUACACAUGUUUCAGUCUUCGCAGCUGUGAUGCAACCUUUAGUGGCUUGAACGUAGCCUCAGAAUACUCACCAUUACUAGUUAGCUAGAGUGAGGAUUCAUAUGAAUCCGACACUUAGAAUUACCAUUCUCAUUAAUUGGCUUUUGUUCUGAAUCAUGUUGAUGGGGCUUAUAGGUUAGUUCAAAGUUCCUUUUUCCAUUGUAGGUUCUCUUUGAUAUAGAUGGUUCUGACACUGCAGAAAGAGAUGGUAACCUCAACGCAAUCAGAAGUUUUUGUUUGAAAUAUCAGAUUUUGAUCAAUUUUGAUCCGGAAAACAUGAAUAUCCCUGCAAUAAAUAGAAGCUACUUUCCAUGAUA